AGCGAUGGGAUUUCCAUCAUGUGAUAGAGGCAAUGGAUGGAAAACAUUGUUAUUGACCCCCCUUUAUGCUCUGGGUCAAUGUUUUACAAUUAUAAAGGAAAUUAUAAUGUCGUCUUAUUAUUAGCUUUAAUAGAUGCUAAUUUACGUUUCAUUUAUGUUGAUGUGGAAACUAACAGCAGAGUGAGUGAUUCCGUUGUUUGGAAUAAUUAUUCCUUGAAAAAGCACUUCAAUAACAAUACUCUGCAUAUCCUUCCUCCUGCUCCAUUGCCAGGUUCAGAGGAAGAUUUUCCUUUUAUGAUAAUCGGAGCUGAAGGUUUCCUAUUAUCACAGAAACUAUUAAUACCUUAUCCAGGGCCUCAAUGUAGUAGGAGAAUAGACAGAAGAAUAUUUAAUUAUAGAUUAUCUAGAGCUCGUCGUUGUGCAGAAAAUGCUUUUGGCGUAAUGGUUGCCAUAGAAAAGGCUGUUUGUAUAAUAAAUUUAUCUUCCUAUUCUUCUGUAAUAUAUAUAUUUUUAUUCGUAAGAGUAAGAAACAAAUUAAAAAAGAAUAAGGCACAACACAAGGCGCGAACACGCAACUUGGCGAGUACUAGCACCGCGCUCAGUCUGCUGCGCUACAUCGUCGCUUGGAAGUAACUCUGCAAA